CGCAGCUGAGCGGAGAGAGAGGAGAGCGCGCAUGAAUAACGCUCGUGGAAAGAUCAGAGUCAUUUCCGUCACUCUCCGCCGGCCGCAGUCACGUCGCCGUGCUGCAGUCUCACUGAAUGUCGCACAAACAAGGAUGCACCCCGGCGAAACAAAAAGGAAAGCUAGUAAGGACCGAAAAAACACCUGAGGACCGUGGCGUCUUGGAGAGCUUUCCACAGAGCAGAGCGCAGACAGGGUGAGCGCCUUCCCUGGCAUCAAGAUACAAACUGGACAAAUGUUGGUUUCGAUUUUGAGCUUAAUAAUUUUUUUAGCACUUUGUUGAAUUUUUGAAUUCAAACAUAUUUUAUAAGCCGACCCAGGACGCCUGAGCGUUUCAGGGGCUGUCCAUCCUCACGCAGCAAGGCGCACGCUGUCUUUAACAACAACAACAACAACAAAAAAAAAGCCUCAGGAUCUACAUCUAAAACUGCCCCUGAAUUUCAAGGACGUCCAACAAGGGAUCAGACUGCCAGAGAUGAUUUAGAGUUUUACAUGAGAACCUCUUCUGACUGGGAGUCUGGAUGCAAACAACAGCUGGAAAAUUUCUUCCCCUCUACACACUAGAAUGUCGACUGUCUGCGCUUCUGCUGCUUUUACUGCUGCUGCAGGAAUCAGUGGACCGGGGAUUUUUGCGAAGGAAAUUUCUGAGGAGAAAAGUUUAAAAAAUUUAUAGCUGCACUUGCACAAAAAUGUUUUUUGUGACGAGCAGCCAGUGGAUGACCCAGUCCAAGAGAGAGCUGGUACCCAGACAGUUUGUAUCUCCACCAUCUGUGUAAAAAAACUCCAGCAGAAGCACAGCUGCUGCAGGCUGGGGAUGUGAUGGGGUGAUUGCUAACAUCCCCAUUUGCCCACCCUCCCUCUCUCACUGCAUUAGUGCUGCAAUUACAAACAAUGGAUCAGAAUUUCUCAACAGUACGAGACGGCAAGCAGCUCACGCCAGACAGGGACUCGUCCAAGCGAGUCUUAACAGGAUGCUUUCUCUCCCUGCUUAUCUUCACCACACUGCUUGGCAACACCCUGGUGUGUGCAGCUGUCACCAAGUUCCGACACCUGAGGUCGAAGGUCACCAACUUCUUUGUAAUCUCGCUGGCCAUCUCGGACCUUCUGGUGGCUAUCUUGGUGAUGCCAUGGAAGGCAGCCACAGAGAUCAUGGGGUUUUGGCCAUUUGGGGCAUUCUGCAAUGUGUGGGUAGCAUUUGACAUCAUGUGUUCCACUGCCUCUAUCUUGAACCUGUGUGUUAUUAGUGUUGAUCGUUACUGGGCCAUUUCCAGCCCUUUCCGCUAUGAACGUAAAAUGACCCCAAAAGUGGCGUGCCUGAUGAUUAGUGUAGCAUGGACCCUCUCUGUGCUCAUCUCCUUCAUUCCUGUUCAGCUAGACUGGCACAAAGCUGAGACCACCAGCUAUGCAGAGUUAAAUGGUACAUACCCCAGUGAACUGCCCCCUGAUAACUGUGAUUCUAGCCUUAAUAGGACGUACGCCAUUUCAUCCUCCCUCAUUAGCUUCUAUAUCCCUGUAGCAAUCAUGCUCGUCACCUAUACCCGGAUCUACCGCAUUGCCCAGAAACAAAUACGGAGAAUAUCUGCCCUGGAACGUGCAGCAGAGAGUGCCAAAAACCGACACAGCAGUAUGGGGAACAGCUCAAACAUAGAGAGCGAGAGCUCAUUCAAAAUGUCCUUCAAACGGGAAACCAAAGUCUUAAAGACGCUCUCGGUCAUCAUGGGUGUGUUUGUGUGCUGCUGGUUGCCCUUUUUCAUCCUAAACUGCAUGGUUCCCUUCUGCGAACCAAACCUGCCAGAUGGGUCAGCAGACUUCUUCUGCAUCAGCUCUACCACUUUCGACGUGUUCGUGUGGUUUGGCUGGGCAAACUCCUCUCUCAACCCCAUCAUCUAUGCCUUCAAUGCAGAUUUCCGCAAGGCCUUCUCCAUACUCCUGGGCUGCCACCGGUUGUGCCCGGGGAGCAACGCCAUCGAGAUCGUCAGUAUUAACAACAACAUGGCAGCCCCCGCGCCCAACCCUAACUCUCAGUAUCAGCCCAAGAGUCACAUCCCAAAGGAAGGGAACAACUCUGCAAGCUAUGUGAUUCCUCACAGCAUCCAGUGUCAGGAGGACGAGUUACAGAGGAAAGAUGGAUGUGGAGGCGAGAUUGAGGCAGGAAUAGUAAACAACGCCCUGGAGAAACCCUCCCCGGCCAUUUCUGGGAAUUUAGACAGUGAUACUGAGGUAACCCUGGAAAAGAUCAAUCCCAUCACACAGAACGGGCAACACAAAGCUGUGUCAUGUUGAGGAUACCUUUGCAAAGAUGGAUCAAAACUCAUGGAGGACCAUAAAACAAACAUCCAAGACAAGGAUCUCCAAGAAUAUGCCUGAUAGAAAAAAAAUGUGACAGGACUCUGGACUGUCAAUAAAAAGCCACAUAGAAAAACCUACAGAAUGUCAAAAAGUAAAGGCACUUUAUCCGGGAUAUAACUAUCUGCAAAAUACUGUCAGCAUUUGAGGAUGAAAUCCUUGUAUUUGAUGAUAAAUGUUGAUAACAUGUAUAUUAAAGCAGAAAAACAGUGCAUAUGCAUACAUCUUUGAAAUAUCUCAUUGGAUGUAUACAUCUGCUCAGGUGUACUGUACAGCUCAGCAUUGACAUUACUCUGGAAGGACUUAAACACAUUAUAUUCAGCAGAGGAAAAUGUAGUAUUAGAGAAAUAUCAUGUAGGUAGGUGCUUUGUAGGUGUUACAUGAAAGAAAGAGCAAUGUGGAUAAAACAGGUGCAGUAAAAUUAGUUGCUUGUUACUUUUUUGCUCAACUCUUAGCAAUGGCGGUUUUAUUGCAAAAUUUACAUCUGUAUUGCAGUGAUUAUUUCUUUAACUUUUUAAAUUUCUGUAAAUGCCAAAGUAACUUUUCUAUAAGUCAAGCCUAAAAAGCUCUAUUUGAAUCCAAUCUUGGGUUUAAGGUUAUCAUGUAAAAUGUCCAGAUGAUGUCUAGUCAAAGAAAGAGAAACAAGGAAGCUUUGAAAAUACUGUAAUGUUUUGUUUUUCAUCUUCUGUGUCCUUUUUCUGAUCAAAUUGUCUUUCCUAAAACCAUCCCGCGUUUCUUUUCUACAUCAUCUUCCUCUUGUUUGCUUUAUCCCCCCCGCUGCUUAUUAAGCAGUCAUUUAUUCUUUUCUCAUCUUCAUUUUCCUGCUCUUGUUUGCUCAGUCUGCAAAUCUCAUUCUCCUUCAUGAUGCCCCUCUUUCUCAUUUUGUCAACAGUCUUCUUUUUUUGUACCUGCGCGUCAUCUCUCAAUGUUUGUGUUCUUCUCUGAACUCUCCUCACAAUCUCCUUUGGCAGUCCUCCAUUUUAACUACUUCUUCUGCCCACUUUGAGUGGUACUGAUGGUUUUUCACUUGGCAAAUACAUCUGGUUCACAUAAAGAAAAUGUAUUGAAAUUAAAUACUCAUUGCACUCAUACAGAGAAGCCAGGGAUACAAGUUCACUAAGCUGAAACACAUGACACUUGCUGACCUUUUGCAAACUUGCAGAUAUCAGAUUUAUAAAUUGCUCACACUGGGAGCCAUACUGUGCUGUGGUUAUGUGGAGCGUGCGGUGUGACAGAGUCGCUUAGUUUUGCAGAGGUGAAGUCACAGACGGUGCACCGUGAUGUGGAUUAGCCCUGAGCUGUCGGACAUGUUUUGCGUCUUUGCACAGCUGCACUUAGAAAACACUCCGAAAUUAGGACUAAUUAGAAAUAAAUUGGGAUAUUUCACAGGAGCAAAACAUUCAGUUCUUAUUGUAGAAUAAUAGUCCAGAUGCUGCUGAUUAGAAUGCAGCUGCCCCAAGAAGCAGUAUUUUCACUUAUUUUCCAUGAUUGUGAUCAGAUGUAGUUCUUUCUGAACAACCAGAUCUUAACUAAUUUGAUUUGUAUACAAAAAUGUUCUGACAAUAGGUCAGCACAGGUCAAAUGAAAUUUACAGACGGAGAGCUGAAAUGACCAAUAGAGUUUUGGUUUCAAUCUGAAUUUCACUGUAAUGGUCAAAAACCUGAGCCACACUUCUCUGGAUAGAUCUUUACAAAACAUUUUUUUUCUGGCAUUUUAAACUGGAUUACUAUUGAAAUAAUAGUAAUCCUGUUUAAUACCUAUGCACUGCCAAUAGUCACCAAUGAAGUCCAGAUUAUUUUCAUCAAACCUCAAAAUGUGAUGCGAUCUUAAGCAUUCUUAAAUUAGGGUUGUACUAAAUAUUCUCAAAAACAGCGGUAUUUCUUGUUUUUUCUAGAUUACAAUUUUUCCUUAGAGCAUAACUUUCUUUUUUAUAUUUUUACAAUAUUAAAAUUAAACUUAAACCUAGAAUUUAAAAAUCUUUAAGAAUCUCCACUUGAAAAAAGAAUUUUGAAAUAUCUAGUUUGUUUUAAAUAUAUUCAGCAGUCCAGUCAAAGUUUACUCCACUGUGUUUCCCAGUUCUUUCUGAAGUUGCUGGGGAAGGAAUCUUCACACUGACAUUGCAUACAGAUCAUUCACUGCAUGUUGUUUGUGCCCAUGAUGGCGUCAAACUGUUGCACAUCAGAGAAAGGAAGAACCAAUCCAAUACAAAGCAAUUGGUCUUGAAUAAAGCAUUUGAUUUUCCUGCAUUGGAAAAUCCAAUGCUAUCUGGAUGGCACCAAAGUGAGGGGGAAAGCUUUUAGCUCAAUAUGUUGCUUGGCUUGUGUCACAAAAGCACCUCAUUGUCCUCCCUGCUUCUCUGUAGCUUCCCAUGUGCUCUGCUCCAGCAGGUUAGGAUUAGAUGUUUUCGGACUCAAUUUGGAUUAGCACCCUCUCUCAUGUUGAGAGUGGCAACAAAGUGCCAUAAACUGUGAACAAUCUCUUAUAAUUUGUAACCCAUUUCUUUUACAAACAGUCAUCCAUAGCAUGGUCUCUCAGCACCAGUUCAUUUAAUUUUGUUCUCUGUAAUUAUCUCCAAACACAUCCCAGCCACAACAAGCGAUAAAACAUGACGUGUGUACAAUCCAUCAGAACCGGACAUGAAAGAAAACUGCCUUCGGGUGGGCUUUUCCUCAGACCCCUCCCCUUCCCUUUGCUCCCAGCAGCUCCUUCUUUCUCUGUCUCUUUCUCUUGACUGCCUCUGUUGACUUGAUGAGUGUUCAAGUCGAAUAGUAAUUGUUAACUAAUGUUAACAAUUAGUAGUCGACUUGUAAUUGUCAACUGAUUGUUAACUGCUGUUAACAAUUACUAGAUUUAUAGUUCAGCAACCAGAGCUGACUGCUUUCUUAUUUUGUAAUUUAAAUUAAAGCACCAAAUCAAAGCCCUAAAUUAAAGCUCAACUGGUUAUUUUACCUGUAUUUAUACUGUUUCUUUCUUUUUUUGCCAAAGUUCUCUUGUCUGGUUGAAUGUGGAUGUACUUUCAGCAUAUGCUGUGAUAUAACCAGUGUUUUAUACGCUGAACAUUGGGAUAUGUGGGGACUCUUGAUGAAACUAAGAUUAAUUUGCCAUUUCUUGUGAUGUCUUUUUAUACAUGCCGUUGGUAAACCUAUGAUGGUUUACUGAAACCUUCAUUUGAAAUGAUCUUUACUGUUUUUAUGACUCUGUAUAACCCCACUCCUUCCCCCAGCCCUCUUCAUGAGCCUUCACCUUGUCAGCUUUGUGAAUCAUCUCUCCAGCUUGCCCUGUUUUGAUUUUGGAGAACGCCGAUGUCAGUGCAAACUCCCAGAAGCAAAAUGUUUUGCUUGAUGUGGAGCAUUUCCUCUGGGAGACCCUACAAGUUCCUUUGAGGGAGCUAUGACUGUGGUGACAGUCCGUGGUCUCUCCAUCAGUGACAAAAGACAACUUUAGCAAAUCUGACAGUGCAGAAUCUCUCUGUGUCCUAAAACGAGUGGCCAGGCGCUGCAAGUAUGGAGCCAUUUUAGCAAUGAUGUUUCACCUCAUUUAACUGUCUGACUUAAUGACAGAGUCCCUACCUCAACCUCAGUCAGCAAGUUUCAUGUAAAAAGAAUACAUAAAACUAUUUAAACAGUUAAUGGCAGUAAUAAGGGUUUGGGUUUGCAGAGAUAGAGUAUUGUACAAUGAUGUUCAAAAUGUAGUUGUGAUGAACACAAGUGCUUUCUAUCUUUCAGAAUCCUUAAUGUGUUAGCAGACUUACAUGCUGUAUGUUUUCUCAAGUGUGGGAUUAAAAUCUACGAUAAUAUGUAAAGUUCACUGAGAAUUUGUGUAUUAUCUUACAUGUUUUUGGUGUUGAUCCAUGAAAGUGAUGUCAAAGAUUAUAACCCUGAGAAAUAUUUAGUUUACAGUUUGUACAAAGACAAAAAAACAAAUGUGCCCUUCUUGUAAAAUAAACAUGUAUGUAUGUUCUUUUUUCA